AAAAAACACAACCCAGAGAAAGACUACGAUGAAGCCUGUUUUCUCCUUUCCUUUCGUCUUCAUUCUGCUUGUUGUGUCGGCAGCUGGUCCUGUCCGAGGACAAGAAGUUCUCGACACUUCAGGCAACCCUGUCGAGGCUGGCGUUCAGUACUAUAUCAUACCUGCAAAGUCCGGAAAUGGCGGCGGUCUCGUCCCAUCGAGCCGAACCUUCAACCCACAACAGUUAUGUCCGCUCGACGUGGUUCAGUCGCCACUCCCCUUCAUCCCCGGGUUGCCCGUCACGUUCACCGUCCUGAACAGUGCGGACAAUGUCCUGCAGCUGAACACGAACCUCAACGUUCAGUUCGAAUCCACCGUCUGGCUCUGCCCAGAAACCAAGGUGUGGAAAGGAGAAGACUUUGAAAACACCGACGAGUAUGCGUACAUAAGCACUGGCGGGGAGAUAGGUGGUCCGAACAGCUGGUUCAGGGUCUUGAAGUUCGUGGAUGAUUACAAGCUCGUGUUCUGUAAGGACGGCACCACGUGUCACUACGUCGGUACGUACAACGACGGGUUCGGCGUCCAACGACUGGUCGUCGGCCACGAGAUCUUGGCCGUGAAGUUCCAGAAGGUGUCCGGGACGAGCGUUGAGGCCGAGAAGAUGAUGCCGAGGAUGUUUCCUGCGUAUUAAGUAACGUUAACUAGUGUGAUCCAUGAAGUUAUAUAUGCCCAAUGGUUGGUGGGAGAAUAACAACUUUAUGAUAAAAAUACGAACUAUAAAUGAAAUAAAAAAACAUGCGUACGUGCAUGUCAUGGUUAACUUCUCUAUAAACAUGCGUCCAGGGUUUUCGACCGUAA